AUGGCCGAACCGCAAGAGACUGCUACCUCGGGGUCUGAAUCCGGCUGGGUUAACAUCACCGUCUCACAUCGCAAGCACAACUACACGUUCGAGCUAGCAGACGAUGCCACCAUCACCGAGUUGUUCGACGAGAUUGCUGCAACGCUCGAUAUUCCCGUCGCCAACCAAAAGAUUCUUGUACCCAAGGGUCCUCUACUCAAAUCACCUUUCAAGGAACCCGAUAUGCCACUCACUGGACUCCAGGGCAAGACGCUGACUCUCUUGGGCUGCGGCGCCGCAGAGGUGCAAGCCGUCCAGAGCAUGUCGGAAAAACUUGCGCAAAGGAAUGCUGCACGCAUGGCGCAAAAGGCCAAGAUGAAGCACGCGCAGCGGCGAAACCAUCACCACAAGCCAAGCGAAGACACAAGAUACACGUUUCUGCAAGUCAAACCCCUCCAGGGCCUGCCACACCCUGAGACCAGCCAAAAGCUCUUGAUGCGACUCAAGGAGGACCCUGGCAUCAAAUGGGCCAUGAAGAAGCACAAGUUCACUGUUUCCCUGCUCACCGAAAUGGAACCCUUAUCGCACACCGAAACAACCCACGAGGGAACGUCGAGGAUACUCGGCCUCAACCGCAACCAGGGCGAGGUGAUUGAGCUCCGUCUCCGAACGGACGCCCACGACGGGUACCGUGACUACAAGACCAUCCGCAAGACCUUGUGCCAUGAGCUCGCGCACAACGUCCACGGCCCACAUGAUCGACAAUUCUGGGAUCUGUGCCACCAGAUUGAGCGGGAAGUCGACGCUGCGGACUGGAAGUCUGGCGGCCACACGAUUGGCGAGACGUCCAGGUAUACCAUCUCAGGACAGGCUGAAGCGGAGGAAGAUGAGCACGAGGACGACGGCGGAUGGACGGGUGGCGAAUUCGUGCUAGGCGGAGUGAGAGAUGUCGGCACGGGCUUGAGUCGUCGUGAGAUCCUGGCACAGGCUGCGCUCGAGAGGCAGAGAAAAGAGGACGGGGCCGAACGCAAGGCAUGCGACGCGGCGGAAAAGGGUUGGCGGCCGUGUCAGAGGUCGCAGCAACCGAGUGACAAGAGGGAGUAA